CGAGUACUCCUACCUAGCAAUCUGACCAAUAUUUUAGACUUUCUCAUUUUCCCGAACGAUUAUCGAAACUCAUUUUUCAUCUGGAGGUUGACCUCCGAAGCCUCCAGCAAUUCAAAAUGGCGGCGCCUAUGAGCGCGCAGGUCGCCUCGGUCGUGCGCGACGAGGUGGACUUCGACGUUCUAAAUGACGACAUCGAAUUGCUCCUUCAAACCCUUCAAGAAGAGCUCAAGGCGAAGAUGGACGGAGAUGAGUUUCAGCCGGACUUUGGAGAUUUGAUAGUUAAGUUUUUUCAGGGAGAGUGGUUGAAGACCUUGAUGUGCCAGAUAAUUAAAAAUAUUAAUGUAGAUGGUCUUCAUCUUCAUGAAGACAAGAGACUCUCGUCUCAGUAGAAGGGGUGAGAAGCCACGCGAUAGAGCUGCUGCAGCUAGACUUUACUUAGUUUAAUUGUCUCUGCGCCCACCGCUGCUGGUGCAAAUAAUACUUCUUUCACCUCUAAUUACGCAGCAUGGAGCAUGAGCAAGCAUGGAGAUCCCGUGAGCACGAAGCGGCUCUACGACUGUCUCGAAUUCGCCAUAUGCGGAACCGAAGUUGAGAAUUUCGAAAUGUAGUACUUUAAGAUCGUUUCAUCGGGUUGUCCUCUAGAGACUCUAUCUAAAAACAAACUCUUUCUUCUCUUUCGUUUGAGUCUAUCUUCAGUCGUGAUUCCCUUCCUCGUCGUCGGGGUUGGGUCUGACAAGAACUUCUUUCAAACGUGUUAAUGUGCUCGAUAUCAAAUGUGUCAAUGUGCUCGAUAGAACAUCAAGGACCAGCACCAGCUGCACCUUCAGAUUAUAACGACUUCCUCAUCUUCAGGUACGAAACCUGUUUCGGUGCCUUGACGAAAAUUGGAGUCUUUCUAGGGAACGACCGAAUAGUUGAACACCUAGUGGGAUUGCUCAUGAACAUCAACGAAAUAUACGAUGUGCUUUUAAAUUGCGUCGAGACCUACGAAUGGGUUCAACCUGGAGUCACCGGGCUGUUGAGAAUGUACUAAGGGCACCUGUGCCACAUCUACUUUUUAUGCUCCUGUGGGAAAAUGUAAUGCUGAUGCUAUUGCGAAUCAAUUACUAGCACUGUUGAAAAAAUUCGUAGCGCCACGUUGUGAUUACCUUACGCUUACCCGCUCGUUAUGCCCCCGUCAGGUACAUGCUUCAAGUCCUCUUCUGUUGCGUCGGAUUCGAGAACGUGACAGGCAAACACCUUAUGGAGCUAACGAACAACGAUGUGGCCGGAGCUGUUUCGUUAGUCUGUUUUGUUAUUCGUUGCGGAGAGUGCAACUUCGAAAUACAGCAGACUGCAGCGAGAUGUCUGGUCGAUUUGACAACGGCGGAUGCUGUGUACAAGAAACGCUUGUUAUAGGAUUUAUUUUUGAAAAAGAACAAAAAGUUGUAAAAGUAUUAGCAUUUUUUUGUUUCUAUACCAUGCUUAUCUUUCAGGUUCUUCCGUGACGAAAAGAUGGAUGAAGACUAUAACUCGCAGGACAUCGCGAAACUCACUCACAUGCUCAACAAGCACGUAAAUGGGCUGAUCAUGUCAGUGAUUGAAUUCGAAUUGGUAGACGCCUUCGGCAGAUGCAUUUGCCAACAUCAGCAGAGCCAUCUGAGGACUGAUAUCAUCAUCCGUUACUUCCUCACCUCUCUGCACAACUGCCUCCUCUACUGCUCUGAGAACCAGAAGAAGCUUAGGAUGCAUCUCGCGACGCAAAGUACGAUCAUCCAGGACAUCAUGUUCCCGUAUGUGGACAACAUCUUGCCAGCUUUGAUGGAGAACCAGAGGUUGACCAUCGAUGCAAUCGAGUACGUGAAUUUGAAGAGCACGUUGCAAACCUUCAUAGUGAUCACGUUCAAUAUCAACGUGUUUCGAACGCACUUUUUAGAAUCGGAUUUCUUACUGCGGAUCAUGGAAGCACCUUUGUUAUGGUUGCAAAUAUGUUGAGCUUUCUAGAGUUUGCUGUCCUCGACAACGCAGAGAACACUAGUACUCGAACAAGAAGUACAGCGAACGAGGACAUCAACAUCAAGAACUACAAUUUUUCUAAUUUUAGUCCUAGGAAGUAUCAAUUUCCUCGAGUUGCUCUUCAAGCUCUUGGUGAAUGCGGACGUGUCGAAAGCAAGGUUCAAAGAGGACCUAGUGGCCUCAGUCGAAAACGCUUUCUUCUCUCUACCAGAGGACAGGCAGAAACGACUGAAACGACGAGUUACCGAGAGCCACGGACACUCACUGCCAAUUUAAGAAGAUGAGUGGAAAUGAUCGGAAUUAUUAUACAUAAAAGGUGUAGAAGACGUACAACUACAAGGCAUCAACAUUUCUAUUAGCUUACCAUCAAAGAUUGCAUUGAAUCUUUUCUUGUUCUUGUCACUGUCAUGUCGUGCCAUCUUCAAAGAAUCAGCUAUCAGUUCUGUUAUUCCUUACCUACGCUUUUGUCUCUUCUUUCUCGCCUCUUAGAAUGCUGAAGAUUCUAACUCUCGUCUCGGUCCAACGUCCCUGCAAUGCAGAUGAUGCCAUGGCUGUUUGAUGAGGUAUUAGCCGACGUGAUGGGCGGCGAACAAGGUGAAGGUGGCAUGGGGAAGGUGACGGAUGACGAAAACGAGGAAGACCGAGGCAGAAGUAAGACGUGGAGACGCAGGGACAAGCGAGGACGACAGAGGAGAAAGAAAGGAGGACGAUUCGGAAUGCAAUGGGUCAGGAAAAAAGAGAAAGGUAACUACCUUCAUUACUAUGCUAGUAGAACAGGAGGUUAUGAAGAUUAAUAAUUACGUUAAUAUAGUAGAACAGGAGGUUAUUACGUAAAAAUGACCAUAAGCGGAUCUCUCACUCUCUAGCUGGUGUUAUACUGCCACACAUCAAUCAAAAUCAUCUGUCUUGUACUUACUCGAAAACUGAAAAUAACCGAGUUACUGACUGAAGUAAGGGAGGCAGCGUUGACAGGGGGACUCGUCCUUCUCGUCAGUAUCUCGUCAGUUCUUUUCAGUCGUUACUCGCUUAUUUCAGUUUUUCGAAUACUUAGACCUAACAAGUACUUCUUCAAAUCACCACCCAAACCAGACGGAGUUUUCGGUUCAGACGAAGAUAGUUGCGAGGAUGAAGAACCUGAUGGAGAGCAGGAGGAGCCACAAGCACCAGGUGCAGGCGAGGAGGCGCUUUGUCAGUUGAGCGGAACUUUCAUGACGGAUCCGAUAAAAACGCCAUACGGACAUGUACUACAUUGAUUGUAGUCUGAUGUUUGUUUACAACGUUUGGCCUUUUUACUAGUAUGCUCCUCCUGAUAUUUGUUGUAGUUGUACCUUAUCAUUCUCUCGUUCUCUCGUCGUCGUCCACGACCACCAGCUGCUUUUCUCCCAUUAUUAGUAUUCAUCAAUCUGUCAUCAACUACUCCAUAAGACCACAACCGAAUCGGAAUCAGGUAUUCGACCGAAACGCGCUAGUAGACUGGCUGCAGUUCUCGCAGACGGAUCCGAUAUGCGGACAGCCACUCACAAUAGACGACUGCGUCCCAUACACGGAAUUGCAGCAGAAAAUAUUCGAAAAUCAGCUCAAUAACUUGAGCGGGCAAGUGCUCAACACCGACUACAAUGCGGAGGAAGUGGAGCGAGAAAAAGAAAAUCUGUACUUUUCAUUAAGUAGCCUUAAUAGUGGUCUUUGCACUUGUGAUAUGAUAUCGGACUUGAUGACUACGACCCGCUGGUGAAUUCAAUAACAGUGAAGAAACAGAUUCAAUUUUGUGUAUGUGUACUUUCUCACUCAAAAAGAAACUCAUGUUUUUCAGGAAUCUAAUGGCAGCAGCCGAACAGCCAAAUCUAGAGGCGGAGCAGGUAGGCAUGCCUGUGAAUUUGCCAGCAAACAACUACGAUGCAGCUAGUUUGGGCGAUCUACCUGCACUCGGAGAGGAAAAAGAAAUUAUGGACGCUUGUGGUGUAUUUGAUGUAGAACAGUAGAUAUUUUUUUGGAUUAAUUUUCGGGUCUUGUAUGAAGUUUAUUUUGACAUACGAUGUUAAUUCGUAAAUCAGUAAUUUAUUUUGAAUUAAAGUUGAUAAAAUCAAAAUUUUCGGUCAUCUAUAUUUUUGAGACUUGAAAUCCAAUGCCCAUUGUGCUAGUUCGUGAAAUUUCUGGUAGGUUGCCCAUUUUAGAUUACAAUUUGUUCCCUUGGAUUUGAAUUUGGAUUAGUGCGAAUAAAAUCAAAAAUUUUGGUUUUGAAGGAUUUUCAGUUCCCUUUCCAUUUUUACAAUUUCGAUGUGGAAAUGUCACAUCAAGCUUUCAAAACGAAAAUUAGAAAGGAAAUUGCAGGUGUUAUAAUUUCCACAAAUGAGAUAAUAUCUUGUACUUUGUUUUUUUUUUCGCUAGUAUCCUCCUCGCUAUUAAUCUUGAUGAAUUCAUCAGUCUUCAUUCUUCUAUCCAUGAUCCUUCUCGUCCCAUCUACUCCCCAUCUUUCCCUCCUCACCCCUUCAUACCGAAGAAGAAAAAAAACAAGGGCACGAUCAAGAUUGCGUCGCGUAGCUUGAUCGACGCUCCACAGGAAUAUAGGUGCGCCAUCGACGGCAAGGUGAUGACAAACCCGGUGCGCUCGCCCUUCGGUCACUUGUUCGAGAAGAAGACCUUGGAAAAAUGGAUCGAGAGUUGUGGUUCCGUCUGCCCGAUCACGCAGCAGCCUCUGAGACUCGACGAGUGUGCUCCGGACAAGGAGAUGAAGCACAUCAUAGUAGCAUGGCUUAAGGAAAAUAUGGGAGCAAAGGAGUAA